AUGUCUGGUUUACUACAAGAAUUAUUUGUGGACCCUUACCAUAGAUUAAAAUGGGGGUUCAUUCCUGUUAAGAGAGUCGUCGAAGAUUUACCUGAAGAUGACGAAUCUAUUAAUAGUACUUCUAUCACUACAGGUGAUGAAUUUAGAGGUCAUGAAACUGAAUUACAUGAUUUGAAAACACAUGAAACAAAUAGUGGUAAUGGUGAUAUCACUUCUUUUUCUAAUGAAAAAGAACAAGGUAUAUUAGAAGUUACAAAAGAAGCUAAAAAUAAUCAUAACAAUGAUAAUAAUGGUACUGUUGCAAUUGAAUAUGAAUAUAGAGAUGAAGCCGAUAGAAAAUGGUGGAAAUUCUUUGACGAACAAGAAUAUAGAAUCAAUAAAGAAGAAAGAUCUCAUAAUAAAUGGUAUAGUUGGUUCAAAGAAGGUACUUCAUAUGAAGAAAAGAAAUUACUUUUGAAAUUGGAUGUAUUAUUAGCUUUUUAUUCAUGUAUGGCCUAUUGGAUUAAAUAUUUAGAUACUGUUAAUGUGAAUAAUGCUUAUGUGUCACACAUGAAAGAAGAUCUAAACUUUAAAGGUGAUGAUUUGGUUCAUGUUCAAGUUAUGUACACUGUCGGUAACAUCAUCUUCCAACUUCCUUUCUUAUUCUAUUUGAAUAAAGUUCCAUUAAAUUACGUUCUACCUAUAUUAGAUUUAUGUUGGUCCUUAUUAACUGUCGGUGCUGCUUAUGUUAACAGUGUUCCACAUUUAAAAGCUAUUAGAUUCUUUAUUGGUGCAUUCGAAGCUCCAAGUUAUUUGGCUUACCAAUAUUUGUUCGGUUCCUUCUAUAAGCAUGAUGAAAUGGUUCGUCGUUCUGCCUUUUAUUAUCUAGGUCAAUAUAUUGGUAUCUUAUCAGCUGGUGGUAUCCAAUCCGCAGUUUUCUCCUCUUUAGAUGGUGUUAACGGCUUAGCUGGUUGGAGAUGGAACUUUAUCAUUGAUGCUAUCAUCUCUGUUGUGGUCGGUAUUAUAGGUUUCUACUCUUUACCAGGUGAUCCAUACAACUGUUACUCUAUUUUCUUAACCGAUGACGAAAUUAGAUUAUCUAGAAGAAGAUUAAAGGAAAAUCAAACUGGUAAGAGUGAUUUCAACAAGAAUGUCUUUGACUUGAAAUUAUGGAAAGGUAUCUUCAGUGAUUGGAAAAUUUACAUCUUAUCUCUAUGGAAUAUCUUCUGUUGGAAUGAUUCUAAUGUCUCUUCCGGUGCUUAUUUACUAUGGUUGAAAUCUUUAGACAGAUAUUCUAUUCCAAAAGUUAAUAAAUUAUCAAUGAUUACUCCAGGGUUAGGUAUAGUAUAUUUGAUCGUGACAGGUGUUCUGGCUGAUAAAUCUCAUUCUCGUUGGUUUGCUAUCAUAUUCACACAAGUGUUUAAUAUUAUUGGUAAUUCCAUAUUGGCAGCUUGGGAUGUUAAAGAAGGUGCCAAAUGGUUUGGUUUCAUGUUGCAAUGUUUCGGUUGGGCUAUGGCUCCAGUAUUAUACUCGUGGCAAAACGAUAUUUGUCGUAAGGACUCUCAAACAAGAGCCAUUACUUUGGUUACUAUGAAUAUCUUAGCACAAUCAUCUACAGCAUGGAUUAGUGUUUUAGUUUGGAAGACAGAAGAAGCUCCAAGAUAUUUGAAGGGUUUCACAUUCACUGCAUGUUCUGCAUUCUGUCUAUCUCUUUGGACUUUCGUCGUCUUAUAUUUCUACAAACGUGACGAAAGAAAUAAUUCAAGAGACAAUGGUAUCAUCGUUUAUAAUUCUAAACUUGGUGAAGAUAAACCAAUUGUAGAAGAAUUAGAAAAUAAUAUUAGCGAAGAAGUUUCUUCUUCCGAAAGAGAGAAAUUCUCAGAUUAG